AUGGAUGAGAAGAAGCCCAGCGGACUAACACAAAAACAACUUAAACGGUACACCGACAUUUUUGACGGCGGAAGACUUCAUCAUACGCCCAAGCGCAUUUUGGUGCACGGACGACCAGGUAUCGGCAAGACCGUUUUUACGCAGAAAGCUACAUUCGACUGGUCCCAGCACAGAUUUAAAGGAACAACGGGAAGAUUUGAUCUCGUACUUUUGGUCAAAUUACGUGAUGUUUGCGACCUCAACGAUGUCCCUGCCAUUCUGAACGAUGCUAAUCUUCUCGCGAGUGAUGGCCCAGUUUCCACUGAAAACCUGUACGAUUACGUUCGUCGCCACCAAGAAAACGUGUUGCUUAUUUUGGACGGCUACGAUGAGUACGUACACAGCGCAGCAAGCCAAUCACCUGUUCUUCAAAUCUGGGAGAAAAAGCAGUUGAGGGAUUGUUGUGUUAUUAUAACGUCUAGAGACAUGAAAGGAGAUGGAUUGAAAAGUUCCAGCGAUGCUCAAUUUGAGAUCGACGGUUUCGACCGUGAGAGACAAGAAGAGUUCGCCCGUAGAUUCUUGAAAAAUGAUCAAGAUGUUAAAGAGUUUUUCAGGUAUUUGAAACAACAAAGUCUGGAGGACGUAGCAAAAAUACCUAUGGUACUUUUAAUGCUGUCUUUAGCUUGGAAGGAAAAGGAUCGUGAAGGACUACCUUCAUCACGGGUGAUGGUAUACCUUCAGUUUCUACAGACUAUGUUUAAUCACAUGUCGGAAAAACAAAAAAAGCCGGCGGAAAAAGUUGACGAUCACAAACAGGAACUCUGUAAAGUAGGAGAACUAGCGUUUGACGCACUUCUACAAGAUUUACUUUAUUUUCCUCUCAGUAAACGGCCGGAUUACGUUUUGACUGAGAAACUGAUCGAGGCCGGGUUGUUUCAGCUGCUAAACAUGUCCGCUGUUAACCCGUGCAAAGCCGUGCACUUCAUUCACAAAUCCAUGCAGGAGUUUUUGGCUUCUUUAUUUCUAAAAGAAGAACUGUUAUCUCAAGAAAGUAAAAACAAUUCCCUUUUCAAAGUCGACUCAGUUGAAAAGAUCUUAAAGUUGAAUGAAGCUUUUAAAUUUGCUGCUGAAAUGUCAGAAGAAGCCGCGCGCGAGAUCUUGAUUUAUCUGUUGGAAAUGGCGGCGAAGGAAGCCGGAGAGUACAACUUCGAUAACGAAGCACCGUCACUCGAAGAUUUGUCUAAUGAACAAAGAAAUCUUCUAACUCUAUGUACACAUUUAUUCUUCUACUGCUCAGCAGACACGAGAACAGAACUUUCCCCCAAUUUUCUUUCUAAUCUAGGAGGUGUUUUUUUAAUAAAUCCUGACCAGCUGAAUAUUGCAGCAAAGGAAAAUUUUGUUAAAACUACCGCUUCACUUAUGUACAUAUUUUUCUCUUAUAGCGACCAGUAUACAGAGCAAAGUUAUAAUCAUUUAAUAACUUUAGCACAGCAAUUAAACGCUGUUAUAGCUAGUAGAACAGGAGAACAGAAAGCAUCAGAAUUUUUGAAUGUAUUUCCACGGCGUAGUGUUGACGAGUUUUUUUUAAUGAAAGAAGAAAACAACACUCACCUUUAUUUUACUAAAAUUGUAAAAAGUGAGGGCACUCCUCUUCCUUUUAAAAUGGUAAAGACGUUAGUUAGUUCAGAAGAGACAACAAAGAAGACAAACAUGAAUGGUGAUGAGUCAAGUGAAGAGAGCAGCAGCAGCUGUUGUUCAAAGCGUCAUGGUCUCUCCAGGGUUCGGAGGAUUAAAGCUUCUGAUGUGAACAGGUCAGAAGUGGAACAGCUGAUUGAGAUGAUGUUGUUUGUCACCGCUCCACACGUGAUAUGGGUUUGGGGUAAAGUCGGUGAAGUGUUUGAUGCUGAGGUAACAGAGUCUCUACUGAGGAGCAUCCCAACACACAAACUGGAGAUGUUAGCACUCUGGAAUAUCAAUGUAACAUCAUCACCUGCUGUGGAGUUCAUCAGCAGAGUAUUUGAACAAGAUCUUCCAAACUUGAAGGUGCUCGACAUGUCAUUCAAUCCUCUUCUGGGUGCAGGAGUCGACAGCUUGAUAAAACAUCUCAGCUGCGCUCCUCACGUGGAGGGACUGGGGCUUGAAGGAGUGAAGAUGACUCCACAGCAGGUGAUGAAUCUCACAUCAGCUGUACAGCAGCACGGAAACAACACUCAACUGGUGUCACCCUACCACGUAAGUUUUCCAAUUUUGUCGCAAUUUGUUUCUUUAUUCUUUGUUUACAGUUUAUUUCUACUCAGCUCUUGCCUUUCGCCAUUUUCCUUUCUUUGUCAUUUUUAU